AUGUUUUACGAAGAUGGCCAAAGCGAGAUUUUAGAUGAAAACGGAGCUGAAGCAAUGGACUGGGAAGAGGAAGGCGAUCCUUUUAACAUUGAAACACUCAUGACCUUAACUCAGUACCAGAGGACGCGAGUAAUGUCAAAUCUCGACCCUGCCGAGCCUCGACUCGAUACAGUGAUGGAAGAAGUUGAGAAGUGUAUAAAAAAGGAACCUAGCUCGAAUUUGUUUCUUUAUUGUCUUCGAUUAAAACUCAUGAGUGUCGUAGCAGCAGGAAGGCAUGCUCGAAUCGUUGAACGCACAGCUCAAAAAUGGGCCAAAAGAUUAAGAGAGGACCCUGACUGGGAUAUAUAUGAGAAGGAAACCAACAAAUUUAACAGGAAGCCUUCGCAACUACAAGCUGAGCACAAAUAUCAUUUGAUCAACUUCUUCGACGAACACCCUCAGGCAAGGAAAGAAGACGCCGUCGAAAGUUUAACUAAAGCUUUUGAAGGCUUCAACCUUAAAAAGUCUUCAGUUGGAUCUUUCAUUCUUAAUGAAUGCAAUUUGACUGUAAAGCGCGUAACUCGUCACCCGGAAGGAAGAAAUACCCCAGGACGCAUUGAAGAACGACGUUUAUGA